GGGAAGAGCCGCGGUGAUAAUGCUGGUGCGGGGAGCGGGUGCUUUCCCGGCACGGCAGCGGCUCUAUAGAAAUGUAAUCCAUAAACGUAGCGAGCCAGUUAUCUGCUAAGAAUGCAAAGGGCUGCCUGCCCCACGGAUCUUACAGUCUACGUGAUGAGAGAGGGAAGGGAGGAAAUGGGGGCCAGCAAAUGGCAUUAGGGUGACUGCGUGCGAAAGAAAAGGUUGUGUGUAGACGGCCUUCCCUUGCUCGACGUCCUGAGGAUAUUCUGGACUACGAUUUCCGUCAUCCCUAGGCAUUGCUGGGAUGGUGGGAGCUGCAGCCCAGCGCAUCUGUGGGGCGCCGGCUUGAAGAAAUCCAGUGGGAAAAGAGUGGCACAGUGGCUAGCGUGUUGGACUGGGAAUGUGCGAGAUCCGAGUUCUGGGUGGCACUGGGCCCACUGGGGACUUUGGCCAGUCACUCACCUCAGCCUAACCCACCUCACAUGGUUGUUUUGAGGAUAAAAUGGAGCUAUGCAAGCUAGUUCGGGUUCCCUACAAGAGGAAUAUAAAUGCAAUGUAGCAACAACAGCAACAAUAGUAGGAUAAUGUUGUCCCUUUUAUAGUGCAUGGCAGGCUUACAUUCAAGUAGUAUACCUGCUAUUUGAGUAUCAGCAGUAAAAUCUAUCCAUGGUUCAAAACCCUGCAUAUCUGGCUGGGACUGACAGGGGCUGAGGGAGACUGAAACUCCUAGGUGUGUUGUGCUUCCACCUUGACAAGGAUGGAUGGAAGUCCCUUAAUGUUUCUGCUUGUUAAAGGAAACAAAGGUGAAUGGCUUCCAGUGGAUUAUGUCCCUGGUCUGUUAAACACUCAGACUAUGUGCUAAAGCUGUGUGCUCCACUUCAUUUCCUUCCAGCAUUAGAAAUAGGUUUUAGAAGUAAAACACCAAGAAAUAAAUUCCAUUCAAAUGUGCUGACCUAUCCAUUUUUUAAAAAAAACCUUGAACACUUGAACAAGCUUUAUGCCAUUUGCUGUACUCUUUACAAACUUUGGAAAGUAUUGCUGGUGUUCAUGCCAAAAGAAAGUGGGUAACCAUUAGGAAGAGAACAUCCCUGUUGUGGAAAGCUAUUCCGGAGCAGCUUACUUGACACCAUCUUUAAGGUCUUCACUGCACUUAGUGAAGAUCUUGAUGUGCACCAGAUCUUUUAAAUAAUACAUCCCUUAUUUAUAGCCUGGGCCUUUCACUUUAGAACAUGUGUUUUCAUUGGGGUUUAAAUUGUUUUAGUUCAUUGUUGUGAGGAUAAAAUAUUAGCUUCCUUGGGUUUCUAACAAGAGGGAAAAGAUGAGAUAUAGAUGCAAUGUACUAAUAAUAAUCUACAUUUUAAUCAUUUUAUUGCUUCAUGUUGCUUUUUAAUGUUGCAUUUAUUCUGUGAACUGCCCAGAAAACUUCUGCUAUUGGACAACCUUAUAAAUACAUUAAAGAGUAAAUAAAUAGGUCUAGUUCAUAAAAUCAUUGCAAGUGCUUCACUGAAUUCAGUUCUUCAAAAAUAUUUCUCCAGUUUUGUUUUUCACAGCAGAAACACAUAGGAAUCCACAGGAAAACAUGAGAAGGGCCAAACUCUUGCUUUCAAAUGACAGUCAACAAAGUCUUGACAACUAAUGCAGAGAAUUAACAAGAACGUGGUUUUGGGCCUUCUUACUUUAACCAGCUCAGUCUUUCUCCUCUUCCAACUGUACUAUUAUAAGUAUUACUUGUCUGCAAAGAAUGGAGCUGUUUUUCCAAAGGUUAAGGGGAGCAAAGCAGGGCAAGACACCAGCCAGUGGCAGCACGUGAUUAGGAAAUUCCUUGGUUUGGUGUCCAGCCACAACAUAGCUGUGCAUCUGAUUGAUCCCUUUCUUCUGAGACUGAUCGACAGAGACUUGGAACGGCUCAGGACCUCCUCUGAUGGUAGCCACUCAGAAUGCAAGUACUUCUGCACUCCACGGGACUAUACCACAUUUGCAAUAUUGGACAAAACCUGGAAACUUGAGGUGGGCUUGUGUCGAGCCGCUGAGAGGGUGGGAUUCCAGUGCCUGAAGAUUCAGAGCAAAGACCCACGUCUAGAAGGGAUGGAGGACCUCUCUGGGACAGAGAUCCCCCUGCACUACAUCUUCAGGUCGGCAGCUCACGCCAUCCAUCUGGUAGUCUUCUAUGAGAGGAGUGGCAACUACCUCUGGCACGGGCCUCUGCGACUGAAACAGCACAUGGACCGGAAGUUUGUGCCUUUCCGGAAGCUCCAGUUUGGCCGCUAUGCUGGGGCCUAUGACAAGACAGAAUUACUGAGUGUUUCUGUUGAUGGGAUAACAGUUCAGAUUCCAAAAGAGCCAUCCAAGUUCCUAGAGGAAAAGUCCCACUCAAGGUUUAUUGAAUGUAGGUACAGAGAGGCCCGAUCUUUCUUCCAGCUGUACCCCGAUGAUUCGUCCCUUGAAGCAGUAGAAUUCAGGAAAAAGGCCAAGGCAGUGCUCCAUCUCGCUGCUUUGACUUUGAACAGUUUAGGAGUGAGAUUCUGGCUGAGCAGUGGAACCUGCUUGGGUUGGUACAGACAGUGCAAUAUUAUUCCUUACAGCAAAGAUGUGGACUUGGGGAUUUUCAUUCAAGACUAUAAGCCAGAUAUUAUUCCAACAUUUCAGAAGGCAGGACUGCCACUAAAGCACAAGUUUGGCAAGAUAGAAGACAGUUUGGAGCUUUCCUUCCAAGGGGCAGGAGAUGAUGUGAAACUAGAUAUUUUUUUCUUCUAUGAAGAGGAGGACCACAUGUGGAAUGGAGGAACUCAGGCCAAAUCGGGCAAGAAAUUCAAAUACCUGUUUCCAAAAUUCAUGCUAUGUUGGACUGAGUUUGUAGAACUCAAAGUACGUGUACCAUGUGAAACCCUCCAUUAUAUUGAAGCCAACUAUGGGAAGGACUGGAGGACACCCGUGAAGGUGUGGGACUGGAAAAAUUCACCACCCAAUGUCCGACCCAAUGGAAUCUGGCCUAUCAAUGAAUGGGAAGAAGUUAUUCAACUCUACUGAGCUAUCUGUAAGAGGCUGGAAUUUGAAUGUGUUUCCUGUCAUUUGAAUGCCUGGCCCAGAAGUCACUACCAAUUGUCAGAUUAGUCAUCCCUUUAGAGAUGGGUGACCCUAUAAAGGAUCAAAUGACUCUUUGUACAACACACCAGAAAAUUGGUGUUCUGCCUCAGGCACUUGUUUCUAUAAAUGAAGAUGGAAGGAUUUAAAAUGAAUUUUCAAGAUGUAAAAUAACCAACUUUGGAUAGUUGUUAACAGAACUCCACUGUAAACUGUAGAAGAGUUGGCCAAAAACUGUUUCAAAAGUUGAAAGUGUGGCACUCUUUUGUGUUGCAUCUCUCCAGAUUUUGUAUGCAAUAGCCUUGGCUUCCAAAUUCAUAUAACUUAUUGCCAAUCAGAAAGGGUUCUAAUCACUGCCUGGGGGAAAGGAUGCGCUGAGAAUCUAAGAAGGGAAUAAAAUGUGGCCAUUUUCACUCUGCUAUAUCAUUUGUAUAAUACAAUAACUAGGAGGCAAUUUGUUCUGCUUUGGGCCGUGGCAUUAACAUUUAUUUAAAAUGUCUGUUUGACACACUUGCUAUUAUGAGCAGCUAUUCAGGACAUUUGAAAUCGAGUGAAAUGGAUUACCUGUGAAGUGUUGGAUGGAGCAAAGAGCUCAAUCUGUGAAGGUGCUCUCAGUAGUAUAUUAUUUAUAGAUGGUUAACUGUGGCCUAAAAGAUACCUUUAAUUUAUUUGGGGCUAUGUUGUACAAAGCACAAUAGUGUAGUAGUUUCAUUGUGGAGAGAAUGGUUUCCGGUUAAUUGAAACAUUCUGAUGUUUAGGUAGAGAAAAAUGAAUAAUGAGAGAGAUGAAGAGUAGGAGAACUAAUGGCAUGAUACCCCACUCCAGCUAAAAUAGAGUAGUUAAAUUAUCAUAAAAGAUUGUGUCUAACUUAUGGGCAAGAUUUUGUUAUUAAAGUGAGUUGUGCUUAAGUCCCACUAAGAUCAAUGGGAAGUUAAGCAUCAGCUGAUGUUUCUGGAUCAGUUCCAAGAUUCUAAUAUAUUUGUCGUAUUUGUUACACAGAGACUUAUUUUUAACUUACUGUUAAAAUAAUGAGGUUUGCAAAAUGAUUGGACAUGCUCACUGAUUUCUUCGUAAUAAAUGUCUGAAAACAAAA